AUGAUUUCCUUCUGUCUCUUGUUUCUCUGGAUUCCUAUAACUUCUGCAGCUCCCCACUCUAUGAAAUACUUAUACACUGCAGUCUCAGGUGAUACUGACUUCCCAGAGUUCAUGGUGGUGGGUUUGCUGGACGAUCAUCAGUUUGUGUACUUUGACAGCAACACCAAGACACUGGGCCUCACCACUGAGUGGAUGAAGAAGAAGGCAGGAAAAUACUACAGGAAACUCUACACUGAGCCCCUGAUUAACCAACAUGAAGGUUUCAAAAACCUCAUUACGUUUGCAAAGAAGCAGUUCAACCAAACCCAGUCAAAAGCUGUUCACACAAUCCAGAACUUGUACGGCUGUGAGUGGAAUGAUGAGACUGAACUCCAAGAUUAUUUCCAUCACUAUGGAUAUGAUGGUGAGGAUUUCAUUUCAUUGGACAUGAAGACCGUAAGAUGGAUAACCUCCGUACAGCAGGCAGAUACCAUCAAACAGAAGUGGGACGACAACAGCAAGAAUCUGCACUAUCUCAAAUGGUACUUCACUAAGGAGUGUAUUGACACUUUGAAGAAGUAUUUGAACUUCGCCAGCAGCGUCUUGAAGCGGAUAGCCCCUCCAUCAGUGUCUCUGCUCCAGAAGACCCCCUCCUCUCCAGUGACCUGCCACGCUACAGGUUUCUACCCCAGUGGAGUCACGGUGUCCUGGCAGAAAGAUGGACAAGAACAGCAUGAAGAUGUGUUGCAUGGAGAGAUUCUCCCCAACGAUGAUGGAACCUUCCAGAAAAGUGCUCACCUUACAAUGGACUGUGAUGAAUGGAAGAACAACAACUACACCUGUGUGGUUGAACACAAAGAGAACAUCAUCGCCAUCAGACUGGAUCAGUCUGUGAUAAAAACAAACAGUGACAAGCCUCCUGAAUUUGGCCCCAUCAUGAUUGGAGUAGUGGUAGCUGUCAUCCUCCUAGCCCUCAUCACCAUAGCUGGGUUUAUUAUGUGGAACAGGAAGAGGACAGUCUCUGAUGAUGGUUCCAACCCCUCCAUGACACAGCAGAACCAGAUACAACUUGAGGUUUCUCUCUCACUAAUCAAACAGGUAAUGAGAGAAGCAGAGAAAAGAGGACCUUUUUUGAAGGACAAUGAGACCAGCUGA